AAAUUGUUUUGUGUUAUGCGUGUUUGUGUUAGGAUUGGUCCAAGUUACUGCAUUUUUUGUGUUAACGGUGCUAAGUAGCGAGCUUGCUGACAUAAGCGGGUUAACAUACACGGCUCUUCUGUAAACCUGUCAACAAAUCCGUCGUUCGGUGUUUGAGUCAGUUCUCUAUCUCUUACUGUGGUUUGCAUCAUGAAAGCAAACCUAAAUCUGUCAGUACAGGCAGAUUUGAAAAAACAAAAAACACAAACCUUGUCUCAAAUUAGGCCUGGCCUGCACGUCCGCUCUGUAUUUAACUUUACUGACAUUGCUUCGUCGUUGCAGCUCUAGUUUGUGAUCCUAAUGUUAGUUUGCAAAACAUAUUUAGAUUUAGUUCAGUUAUGUUUAUUGAUGGUCGAUCUGAGUUUUUCUUGAUGAUCUGAUUCAUCUUUAUAUACGAGGAGGAGAGAAUAUAGUGAAACAUGCUAUAACUUUACAAGCCAGCCCCAGUGUUAUGGCUUCAGGGGUCACAGGGAGCGUUUCUGUGGCCUUACAUCCCCUGGUUAUCCUCAACAUAUCCGACCACUGGAUACGCAUCCGCUCACAGGAGGGACGACCAAUGCAAGUAAUUGGCGCUCUCAUUGGGAAACAGGAGGGGAGAAACAUAGAGGUGAUGAACUCCUUUGAGCUGCUGUCUCACACCAUAGAUGACCAAGUGCAUAUUGACAAAGAAUACUACUACACCAAGGAGGAACAAUUCAAACAGGUUUUCAAAGAAAUGGAGUUCUUGGGCUGGUACACCACAGGAGGUUCCCCAGACCAGUCAGAUAUCCACAUUCACAAACAGGUGUGUGAGAUCAUUGAGAGCCCUCUCUUUCUCAAACUUAACCCAAUGACCAAACACACCGAUCUUCCUGUUAGUGUUUAUGAAUCUGUGAUUGACAUCAUCAAUGGCGAGGCUACUAUGUUGUUUGCUGAGCUGACGUACACUCUGGCCACAGAGGAAGCAGAGAGAAUCGGUGUCGAUCAUGUAGCUCGAAUGACAGCCACGGGUACAGGAGAAAACUCAACAGUUGCUGAGCACCUCGUAGCCCAGCACAGCGCGAUAAAGAUGCUCCACAGCCGAGUGAAGAUCAUUCUAGAGUACGUCAAAGCUGUGGAAGCAGGAGAGGUGUCAUUUAACCAUGAGAUCCUUCGGGAAGCGAAUGCCCUGUGUCACAGACUGCCGGUCCUCAGCACUGCAAAAUUCAAAACAGACUUCUAUGAUCAAUGUAAUGAUGUGGGCCUCAUGGCCUACUUAGGCUCCAUCACCAAGACCUGCAACAGUAUGAACCAGUUCAUCAACAAGUUCAACGUCCUGUACGACAGACAGGGCAUCGGUCGGAGGAUGAGAGGACUCUUCUUUUGAACCAAGCACUGCAGUUUGUUUCCUUUUGGUUUGUAUUUAGAUGAGCUAAGACAACUUCUGAAACCAACCAUAGCUUUUCAAGCCAGUUUACUUGUAUCAAACAGUAAGAGAUACUCACUCAACUUGGCUGGUAGGCACAGAAAUGAAUCCAUUGUACAUGAACAUAUUAUUUGACUGUUUUAUUGUUUUAUGUUUCUGUAUGUAAUAAAUGUUCCGAUUUUUUUUUCUUUA